AUGCCCAAGGAGAAAGGUGAAAAUAAGGGCCAGGAAGCCGCUGCCUGCAGAGCCAAGUCCCAUGCUACGCAAAAGGCCUCCCACAGCAAUAUGGGCCCGGAUGAACUUUUGAGUGAACACAUGGACUCUUCUGGCAACCCAGUUCCCGAUCCAAGUUGGGGCCCAACAAGAAAACCUGGCGAGGAUGCCGAUUUGGUUGAAGCUAUGACUGCGGAGACUUCCGAGUUUGAUUAA